AUGCCUCCUGAACGCUCACUCCCAGAACAGCGUUACGGCCAGGUGGAGAAAGAGGCACUAGCACUUAUAUUCGCUGUUACCAAAUUUCAUCGGUUCAUCUACGGAAGAAAUUUUUCUCUACAUACCGAUCACAAACUGUUGGUCGCAGUAUUUGGACCGAAGAAGGAUAUUCCCAUUCACACAACUAACCGUCUACAACGAUGGGCCCUAGUGCUACUGUCUUACGAUUUCGAAAUCAAGCGUAUUUCUACCCACGAGUUCGGUUACGCAGAUAUCCUAUCGAGACUGAUCGAUCCACGAGCGAAGCCAGAUGAAGAUUUCGUCAUUGCUUCGGUUCAGAUGGAAGACGAUAUAUCUGCCACUGUGGAUGCAGAAUUGAAUACUCUGCCAAUAACGUUCAAACAUCUUCAAGCUGCCACAAACAAAAAUAAGCAACUUCAGGAAGUUAUCCCGUACGUGCAAACUGGUUGGCCGAACACGAGCAAGCAAGUCAGCAGUGAAAUUCGUCCGUUCUACGCUCGCAAGGAAGCCCUUUCAGUUGUGCGAGGUUAUCACACGCUCGCUGGUCGAAUUGUAGUACCGAAAAUGUAUCAGCUAUCAGCCCACAAGUCUCUCCAUAAAGGUCAUCCUGGUCAAGAAAUGAUGAAAGCAGUUAUGAGAAGUCACGUUUGCUGGCCCGGCGUGGACCAGGACGUCGAAAAUUUCACCGCAUCGUGUAGAGCUUGCACAUCUGUGGCCAAAGCUCCACCAAAAACAUUAUUGUCGUCAUGGCCACAAGCAAGUUAUCCCUGGCAACGGCUACACGUGGAUUAUGCUGGUUCCUUCGAAGGUCACUAUUUCCUGAUUAUUGUAGACUCUUACAGCAAGUGGCCGGAGAUCAUACGGGACACUAAAGUCGAGGCCUACCUGGAAGAAGCUCUUUCGGAUCAUCAGCUCCCGUUGCACGUGCUGCUGCAGGACUUUCAGCUCAACGAAUGCAGUUCAACUAGCUCCAUCUGCAUCACACCAGCCCAGAGAAACUCGUGCUCUUGUUCUUCGUCGAUCUACCCGUAUCCGACGGAUACCUACUAG